AAAGUGGAGAUAUAUGGUAAAAACAUAAACAGAAAUUCUCAUCCACACCGAUCAUAUUGCUUCUGAAGAUAUCGAUAUAACCACUGGAGUCAUAUGGAUUACUUUCAUGCUACAUUUACAUGCUUUUUGGACCUUAAAAGAUCUGGCCACCAUUCACUUGCACUUUGAGGACCUACAAAGCUGAGAUAUUCUUCUUAAAAUAUUUGUUUUUGUUCAGCAGAAGAAAGGAAGUCAUACACAUCUGGAAUGUUAUGAGGAUCUUUAACUACUCGCAUGUUGUCCUCCUCACACUGAACUGUUUACAGUCGUUUUGUUGCAUCCGGAGCAAGGAGUCUCAAAGCCUCUUUUAAAGCUCCUUGUCCAACGCUAACAGAUGUUUUGUAAUAUCACUCGUCAUGGAAACGGACAAGUCUCUCCUCAGUGUUGAACUGGAACAGAAACAGCAAGAGGAGCUUUAUCAGCAGCUUCUGCUUCAGACCAUGGGGAAAAUACAGAGUGACAGCCCUCCUUCCAAAGUCAUCCGACCACAACCAGGCAUGUGUGUGAAGACCUCCUCUGUGUCAGACAAACAGAAAGUCUUUCUGAAUAUCUGUCAGUCACCGGCUGUACCACCCCCUCCUCAUCUGUCCCAGGAAGCACUGGUGGAUCUACUGGAGUCAGAAGACCCUACAAGUUACAGAGUGCCCAUGAGUCUCGGCGAGCCCCAUACUGAAAUGGACAACAACUCACAAGGCUGCACGGUGUAUGAUGUCGUGAUCAAUGAUGAGUUUUUCCAGAAAUGUCAGAAAGACACCCUGUUCCAGCAAUUUCUUAUAGCAGUUUCUUUGGAAGGAAUGGAAAACAAAUACAGUCUAGAGUUAAGCAGAGAUAUUAAGAUUUUGAAGAACAGGAAGUUCAUGGGUUCUGUUGUAGAGCAAAACAUUCGCACCAAGAACAAGCCAGUUAUCCAGGAAAUUGACUCUAAGAAACCUAACGCCACACCUUCAUCUACCAAAUGCCCAGAGUUCUGUUUACUGAUGGAGCCCCCAACUGGAAAUGCAGACUAUCUGAUCGCUGAGAUCCUGCUUCCAGGAGUGAUGUCUGCUCGCUCUCUUGUUCUGGACUUGGGAGAAGACAGGCUAGUGCUGAUUGCUCGACCUUCUCUUUUCCACUUGGAUAUUUUCUUUCCUUUGCUUAUUGACCAAGAAAACAGUGUAGCCCAAUACAACACACAAACACAGACUCUCACGGUGACCAUGCCAGUAGUGUCUUCAUAAAAACUAUUGCAAGGCUUUCAAUUCACAAUAAAUGUUUUCAUUUUGUACAUUGAAUGUGGUAUGUUGUGUUUGUAUCCAGUGUACUUAAACAAUAUGUGAAAACUAUGAAAAUGU